UUGCCUAUGGAAUCCCUUAUCUAUUUUUAGGAAUCAAGCCAUACCUCAUUCCUCCUCCCCCUAGAAUCCAUCUCCAACACUACAUUUACCUCCUUUUCCUUAUAAGUUACAACCAUCUCUGCCCCUAGAAUCUAGCUCCAACACUACAUUUACCUCCCUUUCCCUCUUCUUACAACCUUCUCUCUCUCUCUCUUCCCUCUCUUCUCUCUCUACGAUACAAGCACAAGGGAGGCGUUGUAGUCUUGUAGAGCUCAGGACAGAUGACAAGCAGCCAUUAGUGAGGUUUUGAAGCCUUUCAUCAUUAUGAGAGCUGCUUGUGUGCUCUUCUUCAUCUGCUCAAUCAUGCUUACAUUCUUCAGUGGAUCUUGUCUCGUGGAUACUUCCAACGCCACUCUGAACAAGAAAGAACCGAAGGAAACAUCAGAGCGUUCAAGAAGCAGGAAGUUGGUCACAUAUGGAAUGUGUACAAACAGAGACAUCAGCAUCUCACAGGUCAGGGAGUCGUCAACAGGCAUUCCGCAGUACAUAGUUCAGAUUGUGAACACCUGCAUGUCUGGUUGUGCUCCCUCAAACAUACAUCUUCACUGUGGCUGGUUCGCUUCUGCCAAGAUUGUGAACCCCAGGACCUUCAAGAGAGUCUCAUAUGACGAUUGCCUUGUGAACGAGGGCCUGCCCCUUAAGAACAGCCAGAUCAUUAGGUUCACAUACUCGAACUCUUUCAUGUACCCACUUCAAUUGAAGUCUGCUAGAUUCUGCUGAAAACAAUAAGAAAAAGUUGGGUUUCUUUAGGGUUUCUGGUAAAAUUCUUCCAUCUCCAAGAUACCCACAAAGGGAAAGAGGAUACCCACAAGCCGUAUAUACUUUUUUUCUGCUUUUUGACAGGCCUACUUGUGUAAAAACGCACCUAUGUGUGCACUCUGACCACGAAUAUCAAUAUUUAUUGCUAUUGUUUGGUAUCAUAAGAAUGUUAAAAUUCUGAAUAUAUCUAAGGUCAAAAGCUGCCAUCUUGCUAACUGGACGUCUUGAAACUUGAAAGAGUAGGAAGAUUAGUUUCACUCUCAGCAGACAAGCAGGUGGCAGGCUUUGCAGAUUAUGUUGGCUGAUGAAUUAUUCUUCUAUUUCUUUUCUUCAA